GGUGGAGCUGGGAAAUAUGGUAAUUUCCUCUGGAGGAAGUGACCAAACUGUGGUGGAAUGCACUGAGAUUAUUGGGAGUUCAGCGGGCUGCAGCGGGGAAGCGAUAGCCGAGCCGUGGCUAAGGGGUAGAAGACCUAAACUCACGAAAAACAUGCCCCACUUUACAGUGGUACCGGUGGAGGAUAGCGCUCAGUCAAACUAUGACAGCCUGGAGGGGAUCAACUGGGUGGACUACAGAGACACGGGGCAGGGAUAUUCGGGAUAUACAGACACAGUGAGUUCUGAUGGUCAUGGAAACCAUAAAGAGGACAGCCCCUUUCUCAACAGCCCAGAUGCUGCAUCAAAGAAAAAUGACUUCUACGACAGAAACUUGGCUUUAUUUGAGGAAGAGCUGGACAUUCGACCCAAGGUUUCCUCUCUUCUCAGCAGGCUGGUCAACUACACCAACAUCACCCAGGGGGCCAAAGAGCACGAGGAGGCCGAGAGUGCGAUGACCUCCAAAAAAAAGCUUCCGAAGUCUCCCAGUAUGGGCACCCUGAUGGGCGUCUACCUGCCGUGCCUGCAGAACAUCUUCGGCGUCAUCCUGUUCCUGCGGCUCACCUGGAUCGUGGGCAUGGCGGGCGUCGUCCAGUCCUUCCUCAUCGUCCUCAUGUGCUGCUCGUGUACAAUGCUUACAGCAAUAUCCAUGAGCGCCAUUGCAACAAAUGGAGUUGUCCCUGCUGGCGGAGCGUAUUUCAUGAUCUCCCGUUCUCUGGGCCCCGAGUUUGGAGGCGCUGUGGGGCUUUGCUUUUACCUGGGCACAACCUUUGCCGGAGCCAUGUACAUCCUCGGUGCCAUUGAAAUAUUGCUGAAAUACAUCCUGCCGCAGGCGGCCAUAUUCCACGGCGUUGGUCCAAGCGGAAGCGACGGAGCGAUGCUGAAUAACAUGAGAGUCUACGGCACCAUCUUCCUCAGCCUGAUGGCGCUGGUGGUCUUCGUCGGGGUCAAAUACGUCAACAAGCUUGCCUCCCUCUUCCUGGCCUGCGUCAUUAUAUCUAUCGUGUCGAUAUACGCAGGAGCUAUCAAGUCUAUCUUCCAUCCCCCCGAAUUUCCGAUUUGCAUGUUGGGAAACAGGACCUUAGUCAGGGACCGCUUCGAUGUCUGCGCAAAGACAGUGGUGGAAGGAAACGAAACCGUUCCCAGCAGGCUGUGGGACAACUUCUGCAACACUAGAAACAUGAGCGGCCAGGAGUGCGACAAGUUCUUCAUGCAGAACAAUGUAACAGAGAUCCAGGGCAUUCCUGGGCUAGCCAGUGGAAUAAUCAGAGAGAACAUGUGGAGUACCUACCUGGAAAAAGGGCAGAUCCUGGAGAAGGAAAGCUUGCCUUCGGCUGACGUUCACGGCGCUCUGGAGAAUUUGUACCUUUACGUGUCGGCUGAUAUCGCCACCUCCUUCACUGUUCUGGUUGGGAUCUUCUUCCCCUCUGCAACAGGUAUCAUGGCUGGGUCUAACAGAUCAGGAGACCUCAAAGAUGCACAGAAGUCAAUCCCUGUGGGAACCAUUUUGGCUAUAACCACAACGUCCUUAGUCUAUUUCAGCUCAGUGGUGCUAUUUGGGGCAUGCAUCGAAGGGGUGGUCUUGAGAGACAAGUUUGGAGAUGCAGUGAGUAAAAACCUGGUGGUGGGAACCCUGUCCUGGCCGUCCCCCUGGGUCAUCGUCAUUGGCUCCUUCUUCUCCACUGUGGGGGCGGGGCUUCAGUCCUUGACUGGGGCACCCCGCCUGCUGCAGGCUAUCGCCAAGGACAACAUCAUCCCUUUCCUCAGGGUGUUUGGGCACGGCAAGGCCAACGGGGAGCCGACGUGGGCCCUGCUGCUCACCGCUCUGAUCGCUGAGCUUGGCAUCCUGAUCGCAUCGCUGGACAUGGUGGCCCCCAUUCUCUCCAUGUUUUUCCUGAUGUGCUAUCUGUUCGUAAACCUGGCAUGUGCAGUGCAGACCCUUCUCCGCACCCCCAACUGGAGGCCACGAUUUAAAUAUUAUCACUGGGCCCUGUCUUUCCUGGGCAUGAGUAUGUGCCUGGCGCUGAUGUUCAUCUCCUCCUGGUACUAUGCCAUUGUGGCCAUGGGCAUUGCAAGCAUGAUCUACAAGUACAUAGAGUACCAGGGAGCGGAGAAGGAGUGGGGCGACGGGAUCCGAGGUUUGUCUCUGAGCGCCGCCCGCUACGCGCUCCUCAGGCUGGAGGCCGGCCCGCCCCACACCAAAAACUGGAGGCCACAGCUGCUGGUGCUGCUGAAGCUGGACGAGGACCUCCACGUGAAGUACCCCCGGCUGCUGACCUUCGCCUCGCAGCUGAAGGCGGGCAAGGGCUUGACCAUCGUCGGCUCCGUCAUCCAGGGCAACUACCUGGACAGCUUCGGAGAGACCCAGGCCUCAGAGCAGACCAUAAAGAACAUGAUGGAGAUCGAGAAGGUGAAAGGCUUCUGCCAGGUGGUGGUGGCCACCAAGGUGCGGGAGGGAAUCGCCCACCUCAUCCAGUCCUGCGGCCUGGGUGGGAUGAAGCACAACACGGUGGUCAUGGGCUGGCCGUAUGGCUGGAGGCAGAGCGAGGACCCCCGGGCCUGGAAGACCUUCAUCAACACGGUCCGCUGCACCACCGCUGCCCACCUCGCCCUGAUGGUGCCCAAGAACGUGUCCUUCUACCCCAGCAACCACGAACGCUUCACGGACGGGAACAUCGACGUGUGGUGGAUCGUCCACGAUGGCGGCAUGCUGAUGCUACUUCCUUUCCUCCUCAAACAGCACAAGGUCUGGAGGAAGUGCCAGAUGCGCAUCUUCACCGUGGCCCAGAUGGAUGACAACAGCAUUCAGAUGAAGAAGGAUUUGGCCACGUUCCUGUACCAGCUUCGGAUAGAGGCUGAGGUGGAGGUGGUGGAGAUGCACGACAGCGAUAUCUCAGCCUACACGUACGAGCGCACCCUGAUGAUGGAGCAGAGAUCCCAGAUGCUGCGGCAGAUGAGACUGUCCAGUGCUGAGAGAGAGCGGGAGGCUCAGCUGGUGAAGGACAGGCACUCUCUGAUACGAAUGGGAAGCUUGUAUUCUGACGAAGAGGAGGAGGUGACAGAGACGGUGCCGGAAAAGAUCCAAAUGACCUGGACCAAGGACAAGUACGACGCGGAGAGGAGGAACAGAACCAACGCCCCAGAGAACUUCAGAGAGCUCAUCAGCAUCAAGCCGGACCAGUCCAACGUACGGAGGAUGCACACGGCAGUGAAGCUGAACGAGGUGAUCGUCAACAGGUCCCACGACGCCAGGCUCGUGCUGCUGAACAUGCCCGGCCCGCCCAAGAAUUCGGAGGGGGAUGAGAACUAUAUGGAGUUCCUGGAGGUCCUGACGGAGGGGCUGGAGAGAGUGCUGCUGGUCCGAGGAGGAGGAAGGGAAGUCAUCACUAUUUACUCCUGAUUGGACGCCAGCCACCCACGUGCGUCACUCGAACAAGACACGUACUCCUCCGCCUGGAACGCUACUCUCACCCGCCCCGAACAGGACAUACACAUCAGCACCGUACGGGAUUGGCUAAUGCACAACUCUUUUACGCUUUUUAAAAAAACAUUUUUAAGCAAUGUCACAGAAAACAACAUUUUCAUGAAAGAUUUCUGCAAAAACCCCCGCUGCCUUUCCCCGGGACACACGUCUUUGGCACAAAAUGGCCACCAAACGCUCCCUGUAAAGAGAACUUAGGCAACGUUUGGAAUAGAUCCAAACCUCUCCAUUCAAUAGGUGCCUUUUUUCAUACGCAUUUGUAUAUGUAUAUACAGUGUAUAAAUAAGCAGUUUUAUAUGAGAAGCAGUCUCAUUUGGUUGCAGCUAAUACACUGUGCAAAAAAGUGUCUGUCUUAACAAGUGUUUUAGCCUUGUAAUGAGACUUAAAAUCUUAUUAAGCUUGUAUGAAAUACUAUCUUGUUUUAAGUUACAUUUUGCUUGUCAAGUGAAAUUGUCAUACCCCAUUGGCAAAUCUUGAAAUGAGUCAAAAUGUUUCAUCUCAUUGGCAAAACAUUUGUCUUAUUUAGCAAAAAAGCAACAGAAAUAAGAUGUUAUAUCUAAAUAUAGGACUAAAGUCCUUGUUAAGAUUCUACUUUUUUGGUUUUUACAGUGUAAAGAUAAAGUGAUAGUGAAUUUUACUGAACUAUUUAUCAUCAUCAAACAUUGUAAGGCAAUUGCAGCACUAUAAAGUAUUUUCUUAUUAGCACCCAGACCUGGGUCAAAUACGUAUUUGUUUUGGAUUCAAAUACUUUUUUGUGCUCCAUUGAGCCUGCCAAUAUGACCAGACAGCAGGGUUUGCACUUUUUGGCAGUAUUUAAUUGGUUCUAAUACACCAGACAAGAUCAGUAAAGCGUAGAAAAGUAUUUGAAUCCAAAACAAAUACGUAUUUGACCCAGGUCUGUUAACAACCCAAAUAUAGCACAGAAAAUAACUUUGGGAUGUUCAUGGUCUAUACCGUGUAACAAAGGUGUUCUACAUGUAAGCUCCAAACUCAUAUUUGUUUGUUGCUUGUUUUAGAGAGAUGAAAAAUUCCUAUUUAUUUUCUUAUUUAUUUGAUUUAACCUUCCCUGAUAUAACACUGUACAAUGUUACAACUAUCAGCGCUUUUGUCAAAGAUGUUAUCGCAGUUGGAUGUGAAUGUAUGGCAAAAAUAUUUAGGCAGCUUAACUGACAAAAUAUUCCAGGGCCAAGUCAUCUGCGAUCAAUUGUACAAUGUCAUUUGUUUCACUUCUGAUUAAGAAUAGUUUUUGAUCCUGUAAAUGUGCUAUGUUGCUACUGCUCACUUUAUAUAUAUUUGGUAUUUUACUUAUUUUGAACCAUGUGUGUGUGUGUGUGUGUGUGUGUGUGCAUGUGUGAUUAAACUGUUUUAAUGUUAAAACACACACAGGCUACCAUUUUCAGUAAGGUAAAUAAAGAAACUGAAUGCAAAAUUAUAAAGAAAAUUAUGUAUUGAAAGAGAAAUCUCAAUUAAUCAUACCCCCCCA